CCCCACCGCGCGCGCUCCGCCCGCCCCGGAGCCUCGCCCUCCGCCACGAUGAGCAAAUGAGCGCGAGCGAGGGCAUGAAAUUUCAAUUCCACUCUGGGGAGAAAGUGCUGUGCUUCGAGCCUGACCCCACCAAGGCGCGAGUGCUGUACGAUGCCAAGAUCGUCGAUGUUAUUGUCGGGAAAGACGAAAAGGGAAGAAAGAUUCCAGAAUAUCUGAUACAUUUUAAUGGUUGGAACAGAAGUUGGGAUAGAUGGGCAGCCGAGGAUCAUGUGCUUCGUGAUACAGAUGAAAAUCGGAGGUUACAGCGUAAAUUGGCCAAAAAAGCAGUAGCUCGCCUGAGAGGUACAGGAAGAAAGAAGAGGCGCUGUAGGUUGCCCGGUGUCGACUCUGUCUUAAAAACUGUGCCAAUUAAAGAAAAAACUCAAAAUGAUGAAAACUCAAUAAGCAGUACCUGUCAAGAAAGCUGUGGAGAAAAGAAUGAAGAAAUAAAAGAACAUCGUCAGCGUCGUAUUAAAGUAAAGACUAAAGCGAAAAAAAAAGUAUUGUCGCUGCGCUCAAGAAAGGACAUGGAUGAAAGAACUAUAACCAUAGAUAUCCCUGAAGUUCUCAAGAAGCAGCUUGAAGAUGACUGUUACUAUAUCAACAGGAGGAAACGGUUAGUGAAACUUCCAUGCCAGACCAACAUCAUAACAAUUUUGGAAUCCUAUGUGAAGCAUUUUGCUAUCAAUGCAGCCUUUUCAGCCAAUGAGAGGCCUCGUCACCAUCAUGCCAUGAUGCAUACACACAUGAAUGUGCACUAUGUCCCGGCAGAAAAGAAUGUUGACCUUUGUAAGGAGAUGGUGGAUGGACUACGAAUUACCUUUGAUUAUACUCUUCCGUUGGUUUUGCUCUACCCAUAUGAACAAGCUCAAUAUAAAAAGGUGACAUCGUCUAAAUUUUUUCUUCCUAUUAAGGAAAGUACCACCACAACUAAUAGGAGCCAGGAGGAGCUGUCUCCUAGCCCGCCUUUGUUGAACCCAUCCACACCACAGUCCACAGAGAGCCAGCCUCCGAGUGGUGAGCCAGCCACCCCCAAGAGGCGCAAAGCUGAUCCAGAAGCCCUGCAGUCUCUGAGGCGGUCCACUCGCCACAGCACCAACUGUGACAGGCUCUCUGAGAGUAGCUCCUCACCUCAGCCCAAGCGCCGGCAGCAGGACACAUCUGCCAACAUGCCGAAGCUGUUUCUGCACUUGGAAAAGAAGACGCCUGUGCAUAGCAGAUCAUCUUCCCCCAUUCCUCUGACUCCAAGUAAGGAAGGAAGUGCUGUAUUUGCUGGCUUCGAAGGGAGAAGAACCAAUGAAAUAAAUGAGGUCCUGUCUUGGAAACUUGUGCCUGACAAUUAUCCGCCAGGAGACCAGCCCCCUCCCCCUUCAUACAUUUAUGGUGCACAGCAUUUACUGAGAUUAUUUGUAAAACUUCCAGAAAUCCUUGGGAAGAUGUCCUUCUCUGAGAAGAAUCUGAAGGCUUUACUGAAGCACUUUGAUCUCUUUCUGAGGUUUUUAGCAGAAUACCAUGAUGACUUCUUCCCGGAGUCAGCUUAUGUUGCUGCCUGUGAGGCACACUACAGCACCAAGAACCCCAGGGCCAUUUAUUAAAGUUUUCCUUGUUCUGGAAAAAAUAGCUGCACUAUGUGGCUUUAUAUUUUAGGUUCCAGGUGAAGUGUUAAUGAGAUGGUGGACCUACCCCGGGGUUUCUCUGACAGGGGUAGGCUCUGUUGUUUGAGUUGCUCACAUACUGUUAUUUCUGUUAAGAAUUACUUUCUGAGCUCAGCAUGGUAGUCCAUGCCUAUCGGGGUCGAUUUAAUGAAUGAAUGAAUGAAUGAAUGAAUGAAUGAUUUUUUAAUGUAAUGAUUACUUCCUGGGUGCCUGAACGUAUUCCAAAGUAACACUGCUGCACAAGCUGUGUGUGCUAGCAGGAUAAAAACAGCCAUAGCUGUGUUCAUAGGGAAACGUUCAUGAACGUAUACUUAGGUUCAACAUUGUUCUGGUAGCCAUUGCAGUUGGUUGUUCACAAGAAGCACAUUGUUUGAUUGUUUGUUAAUGUUAAACAAAAUGGUUUUGAAAACUUGUUUUCUGUUCAACAGAUCUUAGCUUGUGCUUGGAAGCCACCAAGUAUGCUCAAAGUAUUUUAGGGGGGGAAUUGAUACUGAUGGCAAUGGAGAACUUGCAGCUGUGCCUCGCUUGUAGCAGUUCCCUAUCUCAGAAACAUUAUUUUUCUUGCUCUAAAUAAAGCAUUGCCUGUCUUGUUUGAGAUUUUACAGCCAUACUCUGCUAUGUAAUGUUAUAGUUCCUUUUCUAUAAAAUGUUAUUUUGGGUGAUCUAAAUAAAGCUUUGCCAGUUUUGUUUGAAAGAAGCAAGAGAAGCUUUGCUCUGGCCUUCCCCGUUCUUUUUAUUGCAGGGCAACAGUGGGGUAACCUUUGCUCACAACUUCUGUGUCCCUUUGUACCCUUUUGUCCCUCCCUUUUUUGCUUUGGCCUCUCUUUGCAUCAUGACUAUUGGUGGAAGUCACUGUGACUCUGGGCCAACUUGUGGCUGUUUUGUGGUCCCUCAUGGGCCCAACACAGAUUUAUCCUUCUCCAAGUUUACCAGCUCACAUGCUCUGCAGUCAUCCUUUUAAUCUUCAUUUUCCUCUUUUGCAUACCUUCCCCCUCUGUGGUUUAGAGAGGUCUAAAUGACUAGAAAGGAUACCGAUGUCACAAAAGCAUUAAACAUUAGCACUUGUCUUCUCUUAUGGCUCAGCUCAGUUGACUUUAAUUUUGAAAGGCCAUUGUUCAUGAAGAACAGGAGCCUCAAGGACUUUUAACUAGAAAUGGUUCCAUUAAAGUGCCUUGUGCAUCACUGACUACUAAGAUUCACUACCUCUAGAUUGCCUGAGUGUAGACAUCGUCCUUUCUGCAAUUAGUUGCUAACAGAUUCAGGUUUGUGGAGACUGAUUGGAGCAGCCUCCAAGGUCUUGGUAGAUAUGAUUUUUUUAAUCUUAAUUGCCACUGUGAUGGAUUUAGAAUUACUGUGGAAACACACUUCUGGGUGUGUUUAUGACACCAUUUCAGAAAAGUUUUAACUGAAGAGAAAAGACCCAUCUUGAAUAUGACCAACACCAUGCAAUGGACUGGGGUUCCCAAUGCAGUGAAAAGGAGAAAGUAAGUGAUACCCCAGCAUUCAUUUCUUUCUACUUCCUGACUCCACGUGUAAUACAUACGUAUUGCCAGUAACUUCAUGUUCCUGCUGCUGUGCCUUCUCUGCCGUAAUGGACUGGACCAUCAAACUGGGAGCCAAAGUCAAUGCUUUUCUCAGGUACUUUGUCACAGCAAGCACAAACGUAGCUGAUACAGGACACUGGAACUGAGAAGUGGCACUGUUGUGUUAAGCCUGACCAUGUGGGUCUAGGCAUUUGGAACGGGUUUAAAGCUAAGCGUUUGGAACUUUGAGCCAGAGAAGUCUUAGAGUGCUGUAAGCAGAAUUUAAUAUGCUAUUCUGGUGCUGUUUUUGAAAACUCAAAUGCCAAGAAAAGCGUGGACAGUGGAGAUCUGGCUCAUGGGGUUUUGGAGAGGAAAAGAGACUCUGUUGAGAAUUGAGCUUCAGGCUAUUUGUGUGAGAAUCUGGCAAAGAAUCUGGUAUCCGUCCAUGUCAUCGGUGACAUGUCUUGGGAACUUGAGUGUGGCUAGAUUCUAUAGUAAUGAGCUCCUUUGCUUGGUGGAAGGAAUCUGAGGAUAGGUUAACAUUCGGGCUGUGUCUUGUUUACUGGUUUUUGCUGUCAUCCAGGGCUCCAGUGAGGGAAAGCACAAAUGAGACAAAAGAAGACAGAUGUGUCAGCUUGGUGGGGAACAGAAUGAGUUUAAAGGGACAGGCAGGAUAGAUGCAGAGAAAGCAGCUGGAGUUGUUAAAAGAGAUUAGCAGCAUUAAAGAGAAAUCUUGUGCUCUGCAUUAGACAUUAGGGAAGGUAUUCUGAAAGCAAGACCCCACCUAAUAAACACUCCAUUUUGUGAAAAAAUGAAUUCAUUUGAAAGGAGAAAUCCUAAACUAAGACUAUUGCUGAAGGGAUUUUCUACUUCUGGAAAGCUGUUACCCAGGGAAGCCUUUCCCCAUGGUCUACACACAAAAUGCCAAUAUACUAGUCUAUGGAGGCCAGGUCACAGCAGAACUGUGUAAUGUCACCCACAUGGUACCAGCAUACAGGUGUGAAAGAUGCAAGACUGAAGGGGUCAUAGAAACUUGCACUAGAGUUCCAGAAAGCACCAAGCCAGGCAAUGUGUAGCCGGGUUGGAAUCUCUGUAAGUGAGCCCUGAGAAGCCAUUAUGUGAAGAUGUGAAAAUGAAGUCCAAGCUUUAGUGUGGACACCAGGAUGUUGGAGAUGCCUGAACUGUGACUCCUUGCCUAAGGGAAGCUGCAAGACUGGAGUGGAGCCAGCCCAAGACAGAAGCUAUGUGUGCUGCAAAUGGCCGAGCUGGAGAGCUGGGACUACCAAAGCCCUUUGAAGCCCAGAUGAUUCCAUCAUGAGCUCCAGAUGCUGGACAUAGAGCUGCAGGAUUUGGUGUUUGCUCUGCUAGGUGUUGGUCUUUUCUUUGGUCUCAUCUUUCCUUGUCGUACUCCCCAUUCUUCCUUUUGGGGAUGGGGAUGUUUAUUCUUUGCCAUUGUAUGUUGAAACUUUGUAAGUUGUUGGUUUUAUAGAAGUUUACAAGUAAGAGAUUGCCUUGAGUCUCAGAUAAGACUUUGGACUGUUUAACACUGCUGGGACUGUUAAAGACUAUGGGCAGUUUUAGAGAAGGACUAAAUGCAUUUUGGAAUAUGAGAUGAAAAUGAGAAUUUAGGGGCCAGAGGUGGAAUGUUAUGAUGUAGUGAUGUGUUCAGGUGUCAGGUUGGCCAGGGGUAGAUUAGUGAUGGUUAAUCUUGAUUGUCAACUUGGUUGGAUUCAGAAUCACCCUGGAAACACAACUGUGGAUAUGACUCUAUGAAGAUGCUUCCAAAGAAGUUUAACCGAAGAGAGAAGACCCACCCUAAAUGUGGGUGGCACCAUUCCAUGAGUUGGGGGGUCUCAGACUGAAUAAAAAGGACAGAGUGGAAUACCAAAAUUCAUCUCUGCUUCCUGACUGCGAGCCUUGCUGCCAUGACUUCCCCCACGGUGAUGGACUGUGUCGCUUCAAACUGUAAGCCAAAAUAAACUCUUCCUUCCUUAA